AUGGCUUCCUUAAUGGCUUCCCAAAUUGCGAGACGCGUGCUUCGAAGCUACGCGAAGGAUAUCUUCUCUAACCCCAAGAAUUCAGGAGCUAGGGUUUUCGAUCGAAACUUCACUACAGCCGCGUCUGAAUCCAAUCUGAUCCGAGCCACACUCUUCCCUGGCGAUGGUAUAGGUCCCGAAAUCGCCAAUUCCGUCAAACAGAUAUUUAGCUCUGCUGAUGUGCCCAUUGAAUGGGAAGAACACUAUGUUGGGCAGGAGAUAGAUCCUCGAACCCAGAGUUUUCUCACAUGGGAAAGUCUAGAAUCUGUUCGAAAAAACAAGGUUGGCUUAAAAGGACCAAUGGCCACCCCAAUUGGAAAAGGUCAUCGUUCGUUAAACCUUACUUUGAGGAAAGAGCUAAAUCUCUAUGCCAAUGUUAGACCUUGCUACAGUCUCCCUGGAUACAAGACUAGGUAUGAUGAUGUUAACCUCAUCACCAUCCGCGAAAACACAGAAGGAGAGUACAGUGGUCUUGAACAUCAAGUGGUGAGGGGUGUUGUCGAAAGCCUCAAGAUCAUUACUCGUCAGGCAAGUUUGAGGGUGGCUGAGUAUGCUUUUCACUAUGCUAAGACACAUGGAAGAGAUAGAGUGUCAGCAAUACACAAAGCUAACAUCAUGCAGAAAACCGAUGGUCUUUUUCUUAAGUGUUGUCGUGAGGUGGCAGAGAAGUUCCCUGAGAUUAAAUAUGAGGAAGUUGUCAUUGACAAUUGUUGUAUGAUGCUUGUGAAGAAUCCAGCGCUCUUUGAUGUAUUGGUGAUGCCUAACCUUUAUGGUGACAUUAUCAGUGACCUUUGUGCUGGGUUAAUUGGGGGAUUGGGGUUAACACCAAGCUGCAAUAUUGGUGAGGGAGGUAUUGCUCUUGCUGAAGCUGUACAUGGCUCAGCACCUGAUAUUGCUGGAAAGAAUAUGGCAAACCCCACUGCUUUGCUUUUGAGUGCUGUCACAAUGCUGCGCCAUCUGGAGCUUCAUGAUAAAGCUGAUAGGAUUCAGGAUGCUAUCCUCAAGACAAUUGCAGAAGGGAAGUACCGAACUGCUGACCUUGGAGGCACCUCAUCAACCACCGAUUUUACUGAGGCAAUCUGUGAUCAUCUCUAAAGAAUGAUCAUAAAAUUUGAUUUUUGCAAUAAGUUCAACUGCAAAUUCUUCCUUGCGAUGUUCAUUUCGGAGAUGCUUUAAACCUUUUGCAGUAGUUAACGGAGGGAUUAAGACUACAUCACCUUGAUGAUUCCAUGAGAUAUGAGAUAUCCAUGAUUGUGUUCAAGUUAACAGGUUAUAGGUGCGCUAAUGAGUUCCAUCCACUAGAAAUAGACAAUACAUUCUAUUUUCCAGGCUUAGAUACUUGCCUUUGUGGAGAAAUACGUGACUCCAUUCCUGGACUCUUUGGAGCGAAGGAUACGAAUUUGUGGAAAGGGUUGCAUUGAUGAGCAGAGAAGUUUCUUUGCUCGACUUGCCCAAGUACUUUAUGUGGUUGGUUAUUCUUGUCUUUCCCCAUAUAUACGAAAUAAAAGCUGUGUGAUGUGGUGUGUUUUUUUCUCAUUUUAAUUUAUGAACUCUAUGUUCUGUUCUUCCUAUAACUUUCUCUAUUUAUAGCUACUUCAUUACAGUGCGAAUUGGACCCUGUGGGUAGAUUGAACCUUUCUGCAGAUACGCGGAGUGCUGUUGCUUCCUUCCUUUCUUGAGAUAUUGUUCAAGCAUAAU